AGCGGCAGUUUGACACCUCCGCUUCCCCAGGAGAGACGCACUGUGAGCGGCGGAGCAGCUCGGGACGGGACGGUGAUGGCGACCGGAGCCGGUUCGGAAACUUUGGAUUCGUGGCUCAACCAGGCCACAGACCCAGAGAACCAGGGGGACAGGUGGGACUGUAUCCAGGGCUUCUACCAGCUGGUCAACCAGGAGGCCGAUGGGCCUCAGGUUGCCACCAGUCUCCUGGCUCAUAAGAUCCAGUCCCCACAGGAGAGAGAGUCUCUGCAGGCGCUCACUGUCCUGGAGGCGUGCAUGAACAACUGCGGGAAGAGGUUCCACAGCGAAGCGGCAAAGUUUCGGUUUCUCAAUGAGCUCAUCAAACUCCUCACACCGAAGUACUUCGGAGCGUGGACUCCUCAGAAGGUGAAGGACCGAGUGACGGAGGUCCUGUACGGCUGGACGCUGUGGCUCAAAGACGAACCUAAGAUCCAGGAGGCGUACAACAUGCUGAAGACACAAGGCUUCGUGAAGGAAGAUCCCAAACUACCAGACACACUGAUCAUGGCUCCUCCUCCACAAAGAUCCACAGAGUCUGUUUUCGACCAGGAGGACAAGGCCAAGGUUUUAGCCAGAUUAUUGAAGAGUGCUCGUCCUGAAGACCUGGAACUGGCAAACCGACUCAUAAAGAGCACCAUCAAGGAGGAGCAGGAGAAGGCUGAGAAAGCUCUGAAGCGUGAGUCCACCCUGAAGGAGGUGGAGAGCAGCACCAGGCGGCUCCGGGAGCUCCUGAGGAGGAACAUCUCAGGAACCUCGUCUCCGCCCAGUGAGGACAUCAAGGCCUUGUACGAGAGCUGUGAGCGGCUGAGGCCCGGCCUGUUCCGUCUGGCCAGCGACACGGCGGACGAUGACGCCGCUCUGGCUCAGGUCCUGGCGGCCAACGACGAUCUCACGCUCGCGGUCAACGCCUACAAAGACCAGGUGGGGAGGAGAGAGUGCAACGGGGCAAGAGAGAGAAGAGGUGAAGAAGAAGAAGGGAGGAGUGAAAGCAGCGCUCCUACGAGUCCCAGAGAGAUUAAAAGUUACCACCUCAUCGACCUGUCGGCUCUGGAUUCUCCUCAGACUCCCAGAGAAGCUGAUUCACCUCCCUCCUCUCCUCCACUCGUCUCCUCUCACCUGGACAACGCCUUCCACCCUGGGCCGGACUUCUCGGAAUCAGAGUUUGACAAAAAGGAGACAUCGAAGUCGUAUUAUGAGGAACUGAUGCAGCUGAAUGACGUCUUUCAGAAGAGGAGCAGCGAGCAGAACGGAGCGAGAGGACUUCUGCUGAGACCUCGAGGAUGUGGAGGCGGCAGCAUCGGAUCCAACGGGACCAGCACCUGGUCUUUCCCUCAAAAUCAUCAGUUCAGCGGCUCAGGAUCAGAUUACAGGACGCCAGCUGAAGUCACUGCAGAGACAGUUUGUCCUCCACUGCUACUGAAACAGGUCUUUGUGCCAAUGGACACCAUCAAACCCAGUCAGCUGGAGCCGAUCACUCUGUUCGAUCAGGGCGGCGUCCACGUCUCUCUUCACUUUGCCAGGAACUCUCCGGUGGGUCAGCCGGGCGUCGCUGUGGUCGUCAUCUCCACCGUGAACACGUCUGCCCUCCAUGUGAGAGACCUCCUGUUCCAAGCUGCUGUUCCCAAGAGCAUGUUGGUGAAACUUCAACCCGCCUCAGGGACGCACCUCGCUCCAUACAACCCCCUCCUGCCUCCACCUGCCAUCUCCCAGGUCGUCCUGCUGGCCAAUCCUCAGAAGCGGCGGGUGCGUCUGCGCUACAAGCUGACCCUGACUCAUGGAGACCAGCAGCUGACGGAGACCGGAGACAUCCACAGCUUCCCGGACUGGAGCUCUCUGAUUGGCCACUGAAAACUUCGCUCUGGAAUCUAAAAUAAAACUUUGUAACUGGAACUUAAACCUUAGAAUUUGAAAAGGAAAGAUGAACAAGAAGGUGAAGGAAACCUGAUCUGGAGUCGAUCUUCACGAGGUAAACGACAAGCAAAUAUCAAUAUUUACUGAAAUUUGACGGUUUGGUUUUUUAUUUUUCUACCUGAUUCUGGUUUUCAGUAUUAUGGGAUGGUGCGUCUUCUGUUUGUGUGAUUGCUGCCUGUUGUUGAGAGUUCGCACACAAGCCCAGUUUGAUGGAACAGUAUUUUUUCCUUGUGUGUAGUUGUUGCCUGCAGAUUGAGUUUUGUAUUUAUUUUCUGUUAUUCUCAUGUGACGUUCAGAAUUCUUAAACUGCCAUAAGAUGAAAAUGUUUUACGUGUGUGUGGGAGAGUUCUCUGCUUUCAGGAGAUAAGUUAAUUGAACAUGUGAUGUUACCAGUGGAUUUUCUACAAGGUGCUGGUUGUAUCUUGAAAUCUUAUUUUCUUAAAAGGUGAUGUUAGAGUAAUAGUUUCUACAAAGACUGAAAGCAGUGAAACUUCCAAAUAAAUAAAUCGUACUACAGUUUUGGGAAAGUUCAUUUCUACAGGAACAAGCCAAAUAAAGUUGUAUUUUGCUGUUAA